AUGCUGUUUUUGGUUUUGCUGCUGUUUGCAGCAGGGGCAGUUUUCACGGACCACCAGGAGUACUCCGGGCCCCCGCAGACACUGCUGAGUAGAUUUAGAGCUGUCUGUGUCCCUGCCCGGAUUGCAGGGGGCUGGGCUCCUGAAUCUCCCCUGUCGAUGACCUCCCCCUCCCCCUCGCAGCUUAUCACCGCCUGGUGUGGGGAACAGACGCUGCUGGUGAUGGUGAUGCUCGGGACAGAGAGCCUUGUUCAGGCCGUGGAGCUGAGGCUGGGGGCAACAGGUUGUUCUUCUGUGUGGGCAGACCCCCAAACGGACACGGUGCUCUUUUACACCAACCUCUCUGAAUGUGGUAUUCUGAGAAAGGUCUCUGAGCAUCAGCUAGUCUAUUCCACCCACCUGUACUACAGGCCGAGGGCAGCUGCAUCUGCUGCUGUGAGAUCGAGUCUGGCUAUAGCUGGCAUUGAGUGCUAUUACCCCAGGAAGGUGAUUGGUGACAAGCAAACAGGCCUUAGCUGGACACCAUUGAGCUCUCCACGGUCUAAAUGGGCAUCGCCACGGUACUCUUUGCAUCUCAUGAGUGACAACUGGCGUGAGGAGCGUUCCUCCAGCAGAUACCAGCUGGGUGACCUCAUCCAUAUUGAAGCUUCCGUGAGUGCCAAAUGCCUCCCUGUGAGGUUGUACAUCGACAGCUGUGUGGCGACACCAACUCCGGAUCAGGACUCUACUCUCAGGCGCCGCCUCCUGGGCUUCAACGGUUGCCUGCUGGAUAGCAGAUCUGCCGGCUCCUUGUCCAUUUUCGUGUCGCCGAGAGCACAUCCCAACAAGCUCCAGAUGAGGCUCGAUACGUUUCGGCUCCUUGAAGCUGGUAGCUCUAUUUUCAUCACCUGCCGCCUGAAAGUGUCUGCAAUAGAUGCACGAGCUGACUCUGCCAACAAGGCCUGCACCUUCCAGAAGGCAGCCAAUCGGUGGUUUCCGGUGGAAGGCCCUGCUGGCAUCUGUGCGUGCUGUGACUGGGGAAACUGCGGGGAAGGCAGGAGGAGGUGGAGUACUGGCUCGGGAUGGAACACACUAGCCUCUCAGUUUGAGGAUGAGCAAUUGCAGAUGGAAGGAGAGGUUCAGAUCGGACCGCUGGAAAUCUUGUCUGCCAGUCUCCAAGACCCUGUUCCCAGGGUGUGGCUGGGGAGCCAGAACAUGUCCCAUAUGGAAGAGGCUCCUUGGCAUGGUGAAGUGGCCACCAAGACGCUGCUGAUUUCAGUGGUACUGGUGGCGGUUAUAGCUCUCCUGUUGUCUGUGCUGCUAGUUGGAGGAAUUGUCAUCUGUGGGGCUCUAACCUUCCUCAAUCUAAAUCACAAACUGACCAGAUUCUCUGUUUAG